AUGUGCAGGAAACGGAAGGCUAUAGAAUUGACUGGGUUCUGGAUGAACAUCCGAGACGGUUUAGUGGGUGAAAAUAUAUUUUGUUGCAAAAAGUUUGCCGUCUCUGCAGAUAAUGAUGAGUUAGCAGUUAUGGUUUUUCUGAAUUUGGAAUUGAUGGUUUGGAGGAGCUGUGAUAAGAAAUGGGUCGACUUGGGUUUUGGUGAUGUUGAUGUUCAGGAUAUUGUUUAUUAUAAGAAGCAGUUUCAUGUGGAAAUGUCAAAUGGGCAUAUUUUAAGCGUUAAUUCGGAGUCUUUGGAGCUAGACGCAGAAGAGCAAGAGUGGAUUGAAGUGAAGGAUUUGGAGGGUAGAGCAUUGUUUCUGUUUGAUGGAGGUAGCUUAUUUAUUUUGUCUAAAGUUUCCGGCAAUAAAACCAAAUUGUGUUUAUAUGGGUGA